AUGGCUAAAACAGAACGUACUACACUCGAGCCAAUAUUCUUAAUGAAUGUUGUAUUGUACAUCACACAAUCUGAUGUUGAAAAUUUUGUUUUGGUGAGUCACAAAUGUUGUGAUGCUUUGGACAGACUUCACGUCAAUCCAUGGUCCAGCGAAUCAGAGAAGUCCGAAGCUGUUGUAAAGAAAAUUUUGAAGUACUUUCCCAAACUCCAGACAUUACAAAUUGACCCAAAGACUGCUAAUACACUUUCCGACGAAACACUAGCUAAUAUUCCUCGAAUCAGAAUAGUAUAUACUAACAACAAACAAUCGCAUAUUAAAAAUGCCAAAGUGAAAGAACUGAGCGACACUGUAUACACAAUCGACUCGAAGAAAUUGGAAACACCUAAUGUCUAUGUGGUGAGAGCGUUUUUUGAUGAUUUCACAGAGUUGACAAAUUUAGUGCAAUUUAUCGAAGAAUAUCCCAACAUCGAGUUUAUCGAAAUCAUGUGCUACAGUUUCGAACAAAUCAAAAACCCCAUUCAAAAGCUCUUGAAACGUGGCGGCAUCAAAAUUCAUGUGAAAUUUGAAGUUAGUAAUUUUACCAUGUACGACCAUUUCGAGGCUUUUAGAAAAGAGGUCGGCACUACUAACAUUUAUUACAGCUUUAAUGCAAUCUUCACUAAUGGAACUUAUUUACUUGUACCUCCAGAUGUCGUUGCAAAAGACUUACACGGCAUUUUCUAUGGGGAUGGGGAAAUGGCACACAAAUUGUACGCCAUCAAAGAAGCGCGAAUUAGUGUGUCUGAUUAUUGUAAUGCUGACUUAAGAGGACUGACUUGUUUGACAUUGUUAGAAAUCUAUUGUUAUAAUAAAGUUACUUUGAACCUUCCGACUUCUUUGAUUGAGUUGAAUCUCUCAUCCAAAAUCAACGUUGCCAAUUUCAGCGAUUUAAAAUGUCUGAAAAAAGUGAACAAAAACGAGUUUGUACAAGGUAAACAGCUCCACGAAUACACACUACCAAGUUAUGAUAACAGUUAUGAUUCUGAUUAUAGUGAUGAUUAUGAUUCUGAUGAUUCUGAUCAUGAUUCAGAAUAA